GGUUCAGAUUUAGAAAUGUAUUUAAUUAAUAUAAAAAGCCAGGUGUGUCAACUACGUAACAAGGUGGAGGCGCUGUUCUAGAACACAUUUAGAAUGAACAUUACAGAUACAUUCUGGAACACCUCAAUGACAAGGAAAUAAUACACAGACGUUUAAAACAGGAAAUAUUAGUAGAAGUCACCACAUCUGACAGUUCGGUGAUAACAAAGCGUCAUUCGGUCUUUCCAGCGGUAGAUGGUGCUGUUUCUGUUGAACUACACUUAUACUUUGAAGUAUCAACUACUGUCGUAUGGAGAAAAGCGGAUGAGGUGGAGGCAAAAUGUAUAUUGUACGUGGAGUAAAUAUACGUAUAUAUAUAUAUAAUUUUGUUUUAGUGACAAAUUACUAAAACACUAGUAUCAACUGGAAUGGGAUGUUGCUGCAGAGAAGUACAAACCAACCCCGGUCAAGACUUCUAUGGAAGGCCAAUGAAAUGACAGAAGCCUGCUUGCCUCUGCUUGCAUGCUGAGGUUUGAUAAGAACAACAAGAAGUAUUGUCAUUGGGGGGGGGGGGGGGGGGGUUGGAUCAAACAGGACAUUGCCUGGUAAAGAAAGCAUAUCUAUUUACUGUGUACACAAAGUGGAAGAAUGGCUGAUCUGGAACUCCGUUCCAAGCUCCCUUCACAUGUCUACAAUGUCACUCCAAUGGUGGGGGAGCAUCUGUGUUUGAACGGCACGCCGUGGAUUAUGUACCUGUUGGAGGAGUGUGUUGACAAUGUGUGGGAGUAUUGCAGUGUUGUCAUUGGACUUAUCUCCAUGGUCUGUUUUCUGUUUGCUUCUUUGCCUCAGCUCUAUGUAGCCUACAGAAAUGGGAACGUGGACCAGGCUCUUUCCCUGGCGUUCCUGUUGUUUUUACUUGGCGGUGACCUAAAUAACUUUGUUGGGUGCUACUUAACCAAUCAGCUGCCAGUUCAGCUUGUUACUGCAAUCUUUUACGUCUGCAUGGAUAUAAUUAUGAUCUCCCAGUUUCUUUAUUAUAAACUACAGAAUCAGAAGACUCGAAAAAUCCCUCUAUUGAAGUGGAUCUGUUUAAGCUGGGCUGCAGUCUGUGUAAUGGUGGCCAUCGUGCUACCUGAAAGACUGCUCAGAGUACAGGAAACAAAGGUUUUAAAUGCACGUAUGAAUCCCAUUGAUCUAUUGGAAAUCUCUGGCUAUGUCUGUGGCUACCUGUCCUGUAUAUUCUACCUUGGAUCUCGGUUUCCACAGCUAUAUAAAAAUUUUAAAAGAAAGUCAACAGAAGGCACCUCUUACUUAUUGUUUGCCCUGGCUAUGAUGGGGAACAGCACAUAUGGGCUGAGCCUACUUGUGAAACUACCUGGUCUAAAGGGGCCGAAGAACAUCUUCAUUCUCAAUCACUUGGCCUGGUUGAUUGGCAGCUUCGGGGUACUUUUCCUGGACUUCCUUAUCACUGCACAGUUCAUCCUGUAUCAGAAGCACAAAUACACAGGACCAAGCUUUGUGGCCUUGACUAAAAUCCCAGAGGCGGAACCACUCCUCUGUGAUGAAGAGGAGGCCUGAAAAAUGUUGCACAAAGUGUUUGAAAUUUAGUCUUACAUUUCAAAGUCUUUUGAACUAUAUAUCUAUACAAAAAGAUGCAAUAUUUUGACAUAUACACUAAUACUGUAUUUAGUAAUAAGCUGUAAAUAUAGGUUGUUAUGGAAUGAAGGUUUUAGCUAUUGUUUUCUGAAGGACCAGUUCAAUGUUUACAGUACCUUAUUAAACCAAGCAAAUUUUUAAAAAAAUGUUUUACUUACUUGAAAUAUCAUAUAGUUAGCUUAAUUUUAUUGCAUACAUGUGUGUAGCAAACAGUUAUAUUAAGUGGGGUUGUAGGAAGUUUCCACCUCUCUUAGAGAGCAUUUUUUUCCAUCUGCAGUUCAGGAAAGCUCAGCUGGUAGUUUGAAUUACAAUUAAGUUAUUGAGAACCAGAUGCAUCUCUUGAGAGAAAUAAGCAGGGUGCCAAGUAGAUUUCCAUCUUUAUUUAUUGCCAUAAUAAUUAAUCGGUUAAGCAAAACUAAACUAACCUUAUUUUGUAUGAUACCUAGUUAAUGUUGUGGCUAUUUGGUAAGCAUUUACACCUUUUCAAGCAUUGUUUCAAAGUAAAAAAUUAAAGAAGAAAAUCCACAGCUUGACAUAACGUUUUAAUCAAAGAAGUUCAGGCAUAAAAAAGUACUUUUAACCUGAUGAAUCUGUAUGUAAAUAUAUAGUAUUGGUAUUAUGUUGAAGUGUUUCUUAUUUAUGGUGCUUGCUAUAUUUUUACACAGAACAGUGUUUGCAAAAUGUUCUGCCUCGUUUGCAGUUCUUCUAGUGACGUAAGCUUCAUUUGAACAAAAAAGUGACUUUAAUUCCAGAGAACCGAUUUGUACAUUCUUUAAAACAACUUUUUGAAUAGAGGUGAAGUUAACCUACAUAGUCAUAAGGUUUGGUUUAAAUCUGCUUCAGUUGAACAAAUCUUUGUAGAACAGCUACAUUCUUAAGUUUUUGAAUAAUUAAAAAAAGUUUAAAAGCUAACUUGUUGUCUACAAUUAAAUAGGCAGCUGUAUAUAGCUGCAUAGCUCGCUUGGAAUGAAAUAUUCAUUUGUAUUUCAUAGGUCACUUGCUAAAAAUGUAAGACAUGUGCCAACAAAUGUAGGAAUUUCAAAGUGCUUUGAUGACAUUGUGUGGUAUUACAUGAGGCAGGCUGACUUUUCGCUAUUGAUUUAUUGAAGUCCCUUGGUCUAUUAAUAAAUUAUUAAGCAUUUUUUAAUUUAUAACAUAGAAACAUUAAUGAGUUUGUCUACCCUCAUUUAUGUUUUAUUUAAAUCAAUUAGCAUAAAUGGUUAGAACAAUAUUCUAUAUUCAAUAUUCAAUAUUAUAUAUUAACAUGUUUACACAGCAGGUAGCAAUAUGUGUGCUUAAAUCUGUUUUUCUAAAGACUGAAAAUAGUAAAACAAAACAAAAAAAAGUAAUUUUUAGGAAUUUAACUAACCUAAUGUAACCGUUUAGUCUAUGCAAAGAAGAGAUCUGGUGAAACAUUUAACUUUUGUGGAUCUGAAUGUAUAAAUAUUGCAACACAGGAUCAGCAGUUGCUUGCUUGUGUAGGCCUACUUCGAUAAUAGAAUCAAAUAAAUGCAAAAAUAAUAAGAAUAUUUAGGAAAUACAAUGUCUUCAUUUUUACAAAAAUAUGGUGAGUUUUUUUUUUUUAAAUAUGAUGUCUUCUUGGGUAAAAAAAAAAAAAAAAGCUAUUCUAGUCUUCUCUAGUAUAUCUUGGUAAAGUAAAGCCUUUGUGAAUUUAUUUUUCAUUUUGUACUCUUUAUUUGAAAGUUUAUUUGAAUGUUCCUAACCGCUGCAUUACCAUGUGUAACAACAUCCUUGAUCAUUUCAACUCAUUGAUUCAAAUAAAGUUCAUUGUUCA